CGCCGUUUGCCCGUGCGCAUCGCGCUCGGGUACGCGCCCUCGCGUGCACGCCCCGCGCCUCGCCGUCCCGUUAUUCCCGGGUCUCCGCGAGCAGCCGUGCCGACCCUGCGGUCCGACAUGUCCCAGCUGCCCGCAGUCAGCAGCGUCCCGCAGACGGGCGCGGCGAGCGGCGACCGCGGGCUCCCGCAGGCCGAGGUAGGCGGCGGGCGCCGUGCGCUCCCGGGCCCGGCGCGACCCGAGGAGAUCCGGGGAGGCCCGAUGGCGGCGGCCCGGGAAGGCCCCGCAGCCCCGGGGGCGGCGGCCAGGGGAGGCCGGGUGGCUGCGGCCCGAGAAGGCCGGGUGGCGGAGGCCCGGGGAGGCCCCGCGGCGGCGGCCCGUGGUGGCGCGGCGGCCCGCGAAGGCCCGAUGGCGGCGGCGUCCAGGGAAGCCCGGAUGGCGGAGGUGGCCCGGCUGCUGGGCGAGCCGCUGGAGGAGGAGGCGCCCGAGGGCAGGCCCCGGUCCAGGGCGGGCGGCCUGGCGGCGAUGCCGUACCUGCGCCUCCGCCACCCGCUCAGCGUCUUGGGCAUCAAUUACCAGCAGUUCCUGCGCCACUACCUGGAGAACUAUCCGAUCGCCCCGGGCAGGAUCCAGGAGCUGGAGGAGCGCCGGAGGCGCUUCGUGGAGGCCUGCAGAGCCAGGGAGGCAGCCUUCGACAUAGAGUACCUACGCAACCCUCAGAGGGUGGAUUUUGACAUUUUGACGUUUACCAUAGCCCUGACUGCGUCGGAAGUGAUCAAUCCUCUCAUAGAAGAACUGGGCUGCGAUAAGUUCAUCCACAGAGAGUAAGGAGUCAGGUGAGGGUGGACACGGCACCAAGACCUCGGCAUCCAAGUCAAACCCCAUCCUGCAACUUGGUUUUCGAAAGUCAAAAGGAUCUUGAGAAUAAGGCACUGCAUCGUUGGAAGAGGAAAAACGUCAGAAAAUUUGGGGGGGGGGGAAUGUCCAAAACAUCGUUAGACUCCUGUAACGUUUCUUGAGUUUAUGAUUGAUUGGGAUUUCUUGUGUCCACGUGGCUCCCUUAAUGCGCAAAGGAUGGUUUUGUAAAAUUUUGAGACUUAAAAUUGCCAGUAGUAGAGCCCACGAUGAAGAAGGAUCAGCGUGGAGAGUUAAAACUGGUUUUAGGACGAAGUUUGUGUCAAGCACUUAACUUUUGCAGAACAUACCUUCUCUUCAUGUCAGAGUCAACAAGAGUGUAGCGUGUAAGACUGACUUUGUGUUUCUGAGACGUUGAGAAUGGCAAGCAACAUAAAUAUUGUAUAUAGUAUGUGAUAAAUGGUGUUUCCAAACAUACCAAA